AUGAGUGGCCGGCUCCUAUGCCUGGCGAUCGCGGCCCUGUGCCUCGCUCAUUGGGCGCGGGGCGAGCUGGUGACCAGCUCCACCGUCCCCGAGACGCAGUGCCGCGGCGAUGAGCAGCCGGGGACCUACUGCUUCGUGGCCUCGUCGACCUUUCCCCGCCUGUGCGACUGCGUGAGGAACGUCUGCCCCAGCGCCUCCAUCGCGGAAACCACCAACUGCUUCAUAUGCGACAGAGGCUACGGCACCUACUCCACGGAGGAGGAGUGCAUGGCCAGUGAGGCUGAGGUGCAGGCCACGGGCAUCGACCGCGCCUCGUACCCAGCACCCACCUUCCCGCCCACCGCCUGCCCCGCCAAGUCGCGCGCCUCCGGCACCGAGCAGCGCAGCGCGUGCCCCUUCCAGCAGCCAGGGCUGAAGAACUGGAACGACCCCGCCACCUGGGGAGGCCGGCUGCCCUCGCCUUCCAGCACAAUCACGCUGCCGGCCAACACCAAGGUUCUGCUGGCGGCCUGCAUGCUGCAGCAGGGCGCCAUGUACCGCCAGAUCGUGAUCCCCGCCGGCUCAGAGCUCAUCCUGGCCGACGAAGACAUGGCGCUGGAGGUGGGAUCCAUCCUGGUCAGCGGAGCGCUGCGCGCCGGCGGCCCCGACUGCCGCCUCGCCGCCCGCCUCACCCUCACCUUCCGCUCCCUGCCCGGCAUCGACCCGCUCAACAUGGCGCUGUGGGUGACCAAGGGCGGCACUCUGGACCUGCACGGCAAGCUGUUUGCGCCCACGUGGACCCGCCUGGCCAAGACCGCGGUGGGGGGCGCCGCCUCGCUGCAGCUGCAAGACCCGGUCAAGGGCUGGGAGGUGGGGCAGCAGGUGGUGCUGACCACCACCAUCUGGAAGGAUGAGCAGGAGAACCAGAACGAAGUGGUGACGGUGGGCGGCGUGUCGCCAGACGGGCGCACGCUGUACCUGGCCGCACCCCUGCAAUACCAGCACUACGGCGGCCCCGAGUACCAGGCCGAGGUGGGCCUGCUGUCCCGCAACAUCCUCAUCCAGGGAGACGCCGCCGCCGAGCGCUCCCGCCGCGGCCCGCACGUGCGGGUGGAGGGCGCGGCGCGCAUCCGCGGCGUACAGGCCUUCCGCGUGGGCCAGACCAACGUGCUGGGCACCUACCCCUUCCACUGGCACCUGGUGGGCGACGCCAGCGGCCAGGUGGCCACAGACAACUCCGUGUACAGGUCCUUCUACCGCUGCCUCACCAUCCACGGCACCAACAACCUGCUGGUCCAGAACAACGUGGGCUUCGACAUCACGGGCCACUGCUUCUAUAUCGAGGACGGGGUGGAGGAGUACAACACGCUGGACCACAACCUGGCGGCGCAUGUACACGUCAUCGGCCAGCCAGCGGCCGGCUACGGCCAGUCGGGCCAGACGUUUGCGGCCAGCGCCAGCCAGCCGCAACCCUCUGACGCCGCCGCCUCUGGCUUCUACGUGUCCAACCCCAACAACCGCCUCACCAGCAACGCAGCCUCGGGGGGCUACUCGGGCUUCAUCUACCCCGUGCUGCCCAAGCCCAUCGGCCCUUCCCGCGGCGCCGCCAUCGUGCCCGCCUCCCGCCCCAUGCUGCGCUUCGACGGCAACACCGCCCACAGCAGCGGCUACAUGUGGUUCCAGGCGGGAUGCCUGUACUUUGGUGGCCGGGUGUAUGAGGACCCUAAGCAGGGCAACCGCCUGUACUACAACGGAGGCCGCCACGAGUUCACCACCAUGGACGCCGCCGGCAGGUCCCCCUCCUUCUUCCAGCUCACCAACACCAAGGUCUUCCUGUGCAUGGUGGGCCACAUGAGCUGGGGCCAGCGCUUUGAGGUGGUCAACUACCAGGCCUACGACAUUGUGCGUGGCGCCACGCUGUUUGGCCAGGGCCUGCUGCAGAACGCGUACAUCAACGUGCAGUCCGCCAACCAGCGCUCGCAGUUCCCCGGCCGCCUGGACGACCUGCCGCCCAUUGCCGGGUUCCAGUGGUACGACACCCGCACCAUGACCAUCAUCAAGGACGCCACCUUUGCAAACUACAAGUGGCAGCCGCAGCUCGGCUUCCACCGCAUGUCCGUCUUCUACAGCAUGACGCACAGCGACGAGUUCAAGCCCAUGGGCAUGAGCAGCACCCAGAACGUGACCCUGGUCAACGUGGACCACCAGGCCAUCGCGCGGGUGGACGUGCGCGAGACGGGCUCCUCCCGCAUGUUCAACUGGAUGGACUACGACGGCAGCGCCUCGCAGCGCACCGGCCCCUCCAUCGUCGGCUCCUGGCCCACCUGGUGGCAGCUGGCGCCCGACUGCGCCUUUGAGGUGUGCUCCGCGGUGCCACCCACCCCCGCCAACGAGAUUGGCUACGUGGCCCUGUUUGGCUACCGCGGGUCGCAGGCGCGCAGGAUGGACAUCACCAAGAACGAGGGCGUCACGGGGGUGACAGGCAACACCGGCUGGUACUUCCACUUUGCCGGCGGCGCCCCCAAGUACCAGGAGCUGUGGCUCAGCCAGGUGCCGGUGGGCUCACAAAUCAUCUUCGCCACACGCUACCCGCAGGGCACCAAGUUCCAGGUGUCCCGCACCUUCAAAUGGUUCAAGGGCCUGAGCCGGGGGCUGGCCCAGGCCUCCUCCCUCAGCCAGGUGGUCAACGGCGACGGACUGUCCUACUUCUUUGAUGGCCACCACCUCUUCCUCAAGCUGGUUGACCCCGGCAACUCCGAGACCAAGAACAUCGACUUCUGCCGUGGCGGCGUGUGCGUGCGCGGCUCCCGCUUCUUCUCCCUGCUCUACUCCAUCCGCGCCACCACCCUCUCCUGCUCCGGCGCCUUCUGCCCCAUGCCGGAACAGCGGGACGACAUCCCCGAUGCCCUGCCCGGCAGCACCGCCAUGCGCGCCACGCCGGCCGCCCCCAGCAGCGCCCCGGCCCCCGCCGGCGGCUCCGCCUCCUGCGCCGACGUGCAGCCCACGGACGGCAGCACGUGCGCACAGAAGAAGGCGUGGGGCCAGUGCGGCGUGGGCUGGAUGGCGCAGGCAGGGUGGUGUGCCGCCACGUGCGGCCGCUGCAGCCCCCAGCAGGAUGAUGAUGUGGUGGCUGCCGGCACCCCACCCCCACCCCCGCCCCCGGCCCCCACCCCCACCCCCACCGGCACCUGCAUGGAUGCGCAGCCCACAGACGGCAGCACCUGCUCCCAGAAGAAGCUGUGGGGGCAGUGCGGCGCGGGGUGGAUGGCGCAGGCGGGGUGGUGCGCCGCCACCUGCGGGCGCUGCAGCCAGCCGGCGCCGCAGCCGGGCGUGGCGUCUGCCGGCUGCACCGACGUGGCGCCGCCUGGCGGCUUCUCCUGCCUGCAGCAGAAGGCGUGGGGCAAGUGCUCCGAGGCCUGGGUGCAGUGCUCUGAGUCUUGGAUGAGCGCCGGCAACUACUGCGCCGCCACCUGCGGCGCCUGCCAGGCCGGCGGCGCCUCCGUGGCAGCGGUGGAGGGCAUCGGCGCUGUGGGCGGCACUGAGAAUGCAACUGCCGUCCCCGCCUGCGUGGAUGUGGCGCCGCCGGGCCUCUUCUCCUGCCAGGAGCAGCAGGCCUGGGGCAUGUGCGACGCGCUCAAUGCCACAGGCUUCUGCGCGGUGACGUGCGGGAGCUGCGCCCCCGACGCCGCCGACGCGCUGUGCGACGACAUCGCCACACCCGACGGCACGCCGUGCAGCCAGACGCUGGCCGGCGCGCGGUGCGGCAGCCCGUACGUGCAGCGCGGCGGCUACUGCCGCGCCACCUGCGGCGCCUGCCAGCAGCAGGGCGGCGCCGCGGUGCAGGCGCUGUGCGGCGAUGUGCCCACCCCCGACGGAGUGACGUGCAUGGAGCAGCGCAUGUUUGGCGCCUGCAACUCAACCUACCUCGUGGUGGGCAGCUACUGCAACCUGUCCUGCGGCCGCUGCCCCGCCGCCGCCCAGCUGGCCGCCGUGGAGGCCGCAACACAGCCCGCCGGAGAGGCCCCCACCGUGGGGGCUGCCCAGCCUGCCAGCGAGCCCAGCGUGACGGCGGCCGCCGGGCGCGGCAGCGGGGGCAGGCGCCUGGCCGGGGGCAUGUAG